AUGACAACGCAAUCUUCGAUUUGUGAAACCUCCUGCCUCGGUACACCUCACGUCUCAACUGUGGGGCCGGCCGAGACGGAGUCUAUUGCCACGGCAACAGAGGGCAUAAACAACAAUUGGCUGGUGACCUGUCCUCCAGACGAGUCGGUAGACAUUCGGCCAGACCAGUCGGUCGCUGUGGCUCCGGUCGGACAGGCGAUUUGCUCACAAGCGGCCUGCUCGGCAGAAGAUUCUGCCUCAGGUCGCCAUGCCUCGGUGGUGGGCAAGGACAGGAGGGCAGAAGAAGUAGAGGCAGAGGAAGAGGAAGAAGAAGAGGAGGAGGAAGAGGAGGAGGAAGAGGAGGAGGAGGAAGAGGAGGAAGAAGAGGAAGAAGAGGACGAGGAAGAGGAGGAGGAGGGGGAGGGGGACGAGGAGGAGGAGGAGGAGAUGAAAGAGGCGGUGGAGGAGGAGGAGGAGGAGGAGGAGGAAGAGGAGGGCGUCAAGGUGCUCGAGAUCCGAUGUGAAGAAGGACUGCUGAGACAAUCGACUGGUUUCGCCUCCGAAGAUGAUGUGACGCUGAGGCGUCAGGUCCAGUUGAGCGCGAUGAAAUGCCCAUCUCUGGACGACACGUUCUCGCGAGACGACGUCUCCACACCGAUGUGGGCGUCGUUGACGACCUCGCUGAUCUCGUCCAGCACCGCCAGUCCGUCGGCCACCGGCACAAGCUUUCAGAGCACGCCAACCACAUGUCAGCCGGCAUGUUCGAGGGGAAACGAGGCGCGGCCGGUGACAGAAGCCGGAAAAACGGGGUACAGUCCGUCGGCGUCGGACGACUUCACCGGCCUGCCCAGCAUCGUCUUCUCCAACGACCUGCUGACGGCCGGUCAGGCCAAAGGCGGUCUGUUGGUGCUGCGCUCGGCGGCCAACGCGAAUCCCAGCAUCACGGAACAGUUCAACCAGAUCGCCAAAAUGAAUCGCGGCAGCCUGCGCACGCGACGAGUCAUCCAGACGACGACGACCCGACUCACCUGCCUCGCGGUCGCGGCCGCCGGCUCGAGUCCCGCCAGGCCGGACACGUGCGGCGGCAGCGUCGACCGACUCACCGGCCCGACGGGCGACGCCGGCGAGUCCGGCGAGUCCGGCGAGCCCAGCGAGCCCGGCGAGUCCGGCGAAUCCAGCGAGCUCGGCGAGCCUGGCGACCGGCCGACGUGUCCGCGGGAGACGGUCCGCAGUCGGCUGCCUCGGUACGCGUUGAUAGCGCCCGGACUUGGACCCGGACCUGCAGGCGGGGCCAAAUCGGCAGCCGGACUCGGACUCGGGUCGCUCUGUCUUUUGCCCUCGGGGCAGACACGCGGCACCGGACGACCCGGCGGAAUUCGUUAUCAUCACGCUCGUUUCCAUAGCGACGAAACGACACCCCUGUGUUAUGUGCCGUCGCAACAUGACGUUGGCAGGACGGAAGAGCCGGACGACGUGAAGGGCAUUGCGGAUGGCCGGUCGCCGGUUGCCAGACAGGCCGGACGGAGUCUGAGACCGACGGACACUUCGAGCGCUGGAUCGACGCCGGCCGGCGGUUCCGCGAAAGGCCUCGCGGUCGGGACAGACUCGGACCGGAUGCCGGCGUCUCGAGGCAGCAACGUGUUGCGAAGCAAAAGCGCCGCCAGCACUCUGCCCAGUCGGAUUCGGGGCAAGAUUCGCUUGCCGAUUCGCUCCGAGACGUCGGGCUGUGCCACCGCGACUGUUGCCACGACUACGGCCCUGACGACCAGCACAUUCAGGUCUACCACGACAAGCACCGGCUCUAGCUGCAACGAUUCCGCCAAACUGGCCAGAGAGAGUGGACAGACUCCUCUGCGUAGCAACUCGAGUACGUCCGGAGAGCUGUCCGGUAACCUGCCGACGCAAUUCGACGCCUGUUCGUCAACCGGAGAUGCAGUUGGCAUGGCGACCAGUUUCUUGGCUGGAACAAAUCGAACCACAAAACAUACUGAUGAUCCUAACUACCAAAUAAUUGCACAGUUUCUGCCCACCGACCAGCUUGAGAAUUAUGCAAUCUCCGAUGCGUGUAUGACUCAAGCCUUAAAAAUCUACAGAUCUUUAUCGGCAGUCGAACGCGGAUCAUCCUCUGAGUGA